UUAUUGUCCUUAACUGCCGUUUCGGUUAAUUUUUUCUGGACCUCUCCGUUUCCUCCCCGUAUUGUGUAACGGUAACCGCCGCUACCGAUUUGGGACACCUUGAAGGUGCCUGUUACCUACCAAACUUAGCUUAGGCUUAUUGUAGAACUAUUAUCAGUUGUAUUUCGGACAUUUGAAGUACAUGUGAUAGCUGAGAGAAACAUGCAGUGCCCUCAUUUCCUCAUACUUAACAGGUCAUGUUGUAGGAAGCGGAAAAGAAGUAGUGGUUUUAAUUCCAGGUAAACAAAGUUUGGUGGGGGCUUUUAGGAGGUAGCAUUCCAGCUCUUUUCUUUCUUCAUUUCACAUUGUAUACUUUAAUCAUUUCAACUUCUAACUAGGCUUAAACAGUUAAACUCGUAAAAGAUUUUCAGAUAUGUGUAUCUUUCAUGUCUUAAGUAUUCACUUGGUCUACUUUCGUGGGUCUGAUUCCCACCGAACACUACAAAAAUUGUGAACCUUCAAACAGUUGAAACAGGCUGAAGGAGGCUGCUGCUGCUGCUACUAGGGUCAUUAUACUCAUUCUAUUCUAGGAUAACCGAGAAGAGAAGACGAGCGGAAAAGCCUUUAGCUCUUAAAUGGCACAGUAUUAUGAUAUCGAUGACAUUAUGAUGGAAGAGGAGCUCAUUUCUGUUGUUUUUCAAGUUGGGGCAAAUGGAGUUGGACUGCUUGAUCCUGGUUCCGAGACUAACAAUGUUGAACAAGGCGCGAAAGUAGAUUUACCAUUUUGGCUUGCUCAUGAGUUAUGCUUGAGACAAGCAGUGUCCAUUAACAUUCCCCACUGUUUUAAUCAAAAAACAAGAAAGGAAAUCCAGGCUGAUGCAGCUUGUGUAGAUCUCAGGACCCGAUGCCCAUUCUUUUAUGAGCUGGGAUGCAAGGUUACACCUCUGGUUGGCGAUAGAAGUAUUGGGUCUUUCCUCCUGUAUGCAUUUUCAGGCAGGUACAAGGAAGUGCUGAGCAAGGGACACAGUGCUGCAUUUGCAACUGCUCCUAAGUUCUUGCCGCUUCUUACAAGAGAAGAAUCCCACUCAUUUAAGAAAUGGCGGGUAGGUGGGUCGAGAUUGGAGAGGGCAUCUGUUCUUGGAAGGAAGAGGAAACCGGCUGGCCCAAUGCAGGACCCGACCUCUUGAUCCAUAUCUCAAUCUGCUAACCAAAUAAUGGGCAUUAGAUCUAAAUGGUUUCAAUUUCGAAUUAAGACAAUGGAAUAAAGGAAAAUACUACUAUUAGCAAGGUUCAUGGUGUAGGCAUUCAAAACUCAUGUAAGCAGUAAGCAGCAGCUGAAGGUAUGUUGCAAUGAUACAUAUGGAUGCACUCCAAUUUCACUUGGUCCAUUUUAUUAUGUUAUUUAUUUA